UUACUCGGUUGCAACAUUGUCAUCUUAUUUGAUGAUAAAUUGACAUGAUUGUUGUAAUAGAUUUCGUGGAGCACACUCAAUCAGAGGACACAGCCACUACUUGAACUGCAUGUGCAAAUUUUGAGUUACAGUCUACAACACAGGAAGACGAGAAAAUCAUGUCUCAGUCUACCUUACGAAUAGACCCUAAAUGGGAAACUCAUGUGAGGCCCCAAUACAUGGAGGUGGUAAUACUCUUAUCUCCAAGUCGGCAUCACCUCACCUCCAGACUUUAUAGCAAACAUCUUCUCACUGCAUCGGAGGAGGAAGAGUUUAACAAAUUGUCUAAGUCCAAGUCAGAAGAAGAAGUGGCAAAGGAAAUUUUGAGUGUGCUGCGCAAGCAAAGCGUCGGAUCGUUUGAGAAAUUUUGUGAAGUUCUCAGUGAUGUUGGAGAUUCUACUCUAGAUGAUCUGGUCAAGCGACUUCGUCGAGACAGCAUUGAGAACAAUGCGGAGCACACUAAACCAGAGGUCUCACCCAUUGCUUCAGCUUCAUGUGCACAUUCUGAGUUACAGUCUACAACACAAAAAGAUGAGAAAAUCACGUCUCAAUCGACUUUAGUGGAAAUGAAAGGUGGAGACACACAAACAGACACCGAGAGUGUGAGACAGCCAUUAGUGAUGUGUGAGCAUGCAUGGCUCUCACUCAUGUCUCGUGUUGAGCCGUGGUCAGCUAUUCGAAUGAAUUACUCUUUCCUGUCUCGAUGCCUUUGUUUUACCACUGAAUUUCUCGGCUGUCUGUAUGAACGAUUUCUCAUAUCCAAAGACGACUUCGAUGCUCUAGAGAACAACCGUCUCACUCAAGAAGGAAGAGUACAUCUACUUGUCAUUGAUAUUCUUCCCACUAAACCGAUUGCGAUGUUUGCCACAUUCUGCAACAUUCUUCGUUUUGUCGGUCAGUCACAUGUUGCCGACAAGCUGGAAGAGGAUCCUGUGAAAGUUUCUCUCUUUGCACAAGGGACAACAAGGUCACAAGAAACUGUGAGUCUUCAAAGGCAAGCGGAGCUGCUGCUUGUUCAAGUGUCUCAACUAGAGAGGGAAAGAAGAGUAGCCGAGGAAAUGGCAAAACAGGAGAGACGACGAGCUGAUGCUGAAAAGAUACGAGCAGAUGCUGCAGAAACACGAGCUUGUAAUGAGGAAACUCGAGCAGAUAGUGCAGAGGCUCGAGCAGAUAGUGCAGAAACACGAGCAGAUGGUGCAGAGGCACGAGUGAAGGAAGUGGAGACAGAAAAGAUGGGAAUUGAAUGGACAAAUUUGUCAUUUCGAUGUUAUCAUCAACGUCCAGAUAAUUACAAGCAGAAUGCAUUACCAACAGGCUGGGAGAUGAGAAGGACUGAUGAAGGGAGAAUCUACUUUGUAGUCCACAACACAAGAACAACAACUUUGGAUGAUCCAAGGGAAAGGAAUGUGAAUGUUGGGUGUAAUGAGAGACGAUUUGAUGAGAUGCAGUCACAGAAAGACAACGAAAUUAAUGACAGUCUGCCAUCAUGGACGCAGUGGAAUGUACACAUGCCUCAUGACAGUUGGUUGCCAUAUAAUAGAAUGGGAGAGAUUGAAGGCAGACUAGUGGUAGGAGGUUAUGAUAGUAAUCUGCAUGUUCUCACUUAUGAACAUGAUAAGUGGGACAAGUUUGUCAGAAAGAAUGGUGACAUCAGGAAUGUAGUGUGUCAUCAAGGUGUGUGUCUGGUGUGUGUGGAGGAUGGAGGUAAAGAUCAGUUUGUGAUUGAACAAUUUUAUUUGAAUGAAGACAAGAAAUGGCGUUUCCUCACAGUUCUACCAAAUGAACUGCAGUUGUAUGGUGUAUCUGUUGCUCUUCAUGACAACUCACUGUAUGUGGUGGGUGGUGAGACUAAGUCAGGGGAGAGAGUGAACACAGCACGUGUGUGUGACCUUCACAGCGGUCAUUGGUAUAAGAUGGAUGACAUGCAAACAAAACGUCAUUCCUGUUCUUCUGUUAUUAUAAACAACACAGUGUUUGUAGGGGGAGGAUUGGCUGAUGGACUUCACUCUAGUAAUAUGUUUGAGUGUGCAGAUGUUCGUGAUAGAAAAUGGAGAACAAUCCCCUCUACAACCACAUAUUGGCCUACACUAACGUCAGUCAGUAACAGACUGGUGGGGACUGGAGGAUUGACACAACAACAGAGGUUUUCUCCUUCUUCUAAUAUUGUAGAAUUAUAUGAUGAGAGAUCUACCAAAUGGCUUCCUCUUCCACUCAUGACACACAAACGGGUGGGACAUGCUGCAUUCUCAACUCAGAAUGGAGAACUCAUCACAGCAGGAGGGUUUGAUGAAGAUUCAAUAGAAAGUCUUAAGUGUGACUAAUAUUUGCAUUUUCUUUCAAUUUGUGUGUAUUUGUUAUAUUAUAAUCUCUAGUGUUUGUAUAAAGACAAUUUGGUGUGAAAUUUAGUGUGUGUAACAUAAACUAGAUCGUGAAGGUUGUUUUCUUAAUUAGUAGUCACGUGAUUUGCAUUUUGAACGAGCAGUGGUGAAGUGGAAAAAGGAAUGCAAGCGUUGAACAUCCGGGAGAGUUUGUGGUUAAUUUCUAGCUUUAAAUGUUUGUUCGUGUUCGUUGCUCUUUGGACAAGCGUAGCAGUAAAUCUGGUUUGAUAACGGAAAUCAGCGAGAAGGUUAUCGAUGCCAGUCAGUUAAUCAUUGAAAUGUCGACGACGUGAAUGGAUUUUUCUUCAUUUCUCAAUCGGAACUUGUCUGUCUUGCUUUAGUUGGCGAGGUUGGACUUGCGAGAUUGAUAAACGUGGUUCGUAGCUUUGAUAUUCGUGUUGAGAGUGGAGAAAACGACGAAUUGAAGUGAAAGUUGUCAGACUAAUUUUGAGUCUGUGAUUUGAUAUCAUCAAGAGUUGGAGUUUGGCCAUUGCAAAGUGGUCGUUGACUAUUGCACGUGGAGAAGGCUUGAAGGCGUGAGGCUGUGGAGCAUCAAUGACAUCCUCAUUUCCUUAUGGAUCUGGUACGUGUGACGUUGGCGUGUGGACUAGAGAAAUGGGCGUGGCAAUAGCUGUUGUGAACUGAUAGCCGCCAUGCAAGACCCUGAUGCCGGUGUUCCACUCGGCGAGCACAAGAAUGGAGUGAAAACAUACAAAGACUGUUUUGCUGUUGUGAGUUAAUUGAGUGGUUGUUGUCGUUGUCGUUUGUCACAAUGAGGGAGGAAGGAUGUCAAUUAGCAAACGGUCUCUUGAAUGAAGCGUAUCUACAGCCGGUGGGAGGGUUGAAUAAAGAGUCGUUCAAGAAGCAUUCGCAUUGGAAGAAGUUGGCGUUUGUGGAUGGUGUAGGAGCUUUUUAUAGAUUUCCAGUAGAACAGUGUUUCAGUACAUUGUCCAGAAAUGCAGAAUUGACCAGUUCAGAGACAGACUCGCGUUCUGAAUGUGGCAUGCAGACACAGUGUGGCACUUCAACAGUCGAUGGUUCAGUCAGGUGGAAAAAUUGUGGAAACAACAAGGCAAGGAUUCUUAAUGAAAAAGGGACAUCGGAUACACAACUGGAAAGCGAGAAAGUCUGUAUUGCACAAGGGUGCAUGUGGUUUGCUGUAUUAUCAAGGAUCUAAGGUUUAUGGCAGUUGAUCAGAGCAAAUGAAAGAAAUUGGAGACUAUUUGUUCUCACUCGAAAUGGCAACAGCUCAAUACAAAAUUGUAUCUGCCGGUCAUCCCAGUUAUGCAAGAGUUCUUGCUGAUUGAUUGUUCUAUACUACAGACGUGUUGUGACAUUGGUGAGAGUUUGGUUUUGUGGAAGACUCUGGCAGUAGCCGAUGGAGACAACCAACCUGUCGAGUGGCUAUCAAUCCAGCCAGUAGACCUCGACGCGAUCAUUCCCGACUUCAUCGAAUACAGAAAGAAAUGCAAUUGUGAUGACUUGAUGAAAGGCAAUUUGUGUUGCAAAACUCUGACACAUCAGAGUGGAUCAAUGACGUUCUGUAUUGCCUGUUGUGGAUGGAGACUUGAACUUGACAAGUUGGACAACAGAGUUGUUGCUGUACACUACAAGAGUGCACGUGUCAGUCCACGUAUGCAGCUGUUCCAUGAUGUUGUGUCAUUAAGACUUGUCCAUGCGUUCUCGGCGCUAUACGAGUAGCUAUUAGGUACAGCAUCAUGUGACUUGCACUGGCGGUAUGUGUGGCUAUCAUUACACAGGAUCUUGUUGGUUGAUCUUACUCACAUAGGGAGUAAAGCCUUAGGGGUGUGUGGUGUGUGUGUGUGUGUGUGUGUGUGUGUGUGUGUGUGUGUGUGUGUGUGUGUGUGUGUGUGUGUGUGUGUGUGUGUGUGUGUGUGUGUGUGUGUGUGUGUGUGUGUGUUGUAAGUAUACUUACUGUCCACACCAGACCAGAAUGGAUCGCGAUCUGAUCGCAAAUUAUAUGAUGAGAGAUCUACCAAGUGGCUUCCUCUUCCACUGAUGACACACAAACGGUGGUUACAUGCUGCAUUCUCAACUCAGAAUGGAGAACUCAUCACAGCGGGAGGGUUGGAUGAAGAACUCGAAACGAUCAUGUCAAUAGAAAGUCUGAAAUGUCCAUAACAUUUUGUGUUAACAAAUUACCUUAUUUUUAGUUUGUGUGUAUUUGACAUUUUGUUACGUUUAUCCAACUGUAUGUUGAUGGAAGAUACUUGGCGUGUAUGCAAGUGUAAGAGCAUCUAAUGAUACCAUAUUAUAUUAUUAUAUCA